UCUGUCACUCGUCAAAAUCAACAUGGCCGACUUUUGAGGGUGCCGUUUGCUAGGAAUGUGUGACUGCCACUUAUCGUUCCCCGCAUGCGUAUGAAGCUCGGUCGGAAUUUAAAGCAAAAAAGCCUCACCGCCAGUUUAUCCUCAUCGAAGAUACCCAGCGCGCGCCCAUGGCCGGCGGACCGGCGGGGCCUCGGACGAAGCCCUGAGGGGGGGCCGGCGGGGCACCGGGGAGCGGCCGGACGAGGGGGCUCCCCCCAGGGGGGGGCUCCCCGCUAGGAGCCCCCAUGACGAGCCGCAGGCAGCAGGGGGGCGGUGCCGGGGGAGGGGGCUCUGGCCAGGAGGGCUGCCCCCGCACCCUCACGGUGGCGGUGGUGGGGCUGAGCGGCACGGAGCGGGAGAAGGGCCCCACGGGGGUGGGCAAGUCGUGCCUCUGCAACCGCUUCGUGAGGCCCCUUGCGGACGACUACCACACGGACCACAUCUCGGUGCUCAGCCAGACGGACUUCGGCGGCCGGGUGGUCAACAACGACCACUUCCUCUACUGGGGGGAGGUGGUCAAGUCGCUGGAAGAGGGGCCCGAGUUCAACUUCCACGUGGUGGAGCAGACGGAGUUCAUCGACGACUCGUCCUUCCAGCCGUUCAAGAGCGGCAAGACUGACCCCUACAUCAAGCGCUGCACGGCCAUCAGGCUCACCUCGGCCGAGAAGUUCAUGUACAUCUGCAAGAACCAGCUGGGCAUAGAGAAGGAGUACGAGCAGAAGCUGCUGCCGGACGGGCGCCUGUCGGUGGACGGCUUUGUGUGCGUCUUCGACGUGAGCCCCGUGCCGGGCCGCUCCCUGGAGAAGCAGGUGGAGUUCACGGGGGCCCUGCUGGGGGCCCUGGUCCGGACGCGCAAGCCCCUGGUCCUAGCCACCACCAAGGGGGACGAGGCCUGCGAGGCGCACCUCCGCGAGGCGGAGCGCCUCGUCAACAGGAAGGACCUCAGGGGUCAGGUGCCCCUCGUGGAGACGUCUGCCCAUGAAAACAUCAAUGUGGACCAGGCGUUCCUCGUCCUGGCACAGCUGGUUGACCGAGCGAAUCGGAACGCCCGCUGGGGUCGGAUCCCCAGCUUUUCCGAGGCCGCCCGGGCCCGGAGAGACACCCUCGAUCAGGCCACCGACGCUUUUCAGGCCCUAGUCCGAGCCCAGGUGACGGACCACCGGGCGGUCUGGGCGUCGUCCAGCAAGCGCCUCUGCCAAAGCCCCGAGUUUGAGCGCUUCUGCGGCCUCUUUGGGCGGGCCGCCGCCCGCACCGCGUUCGAGAAGCACGUGCGGCGCCUCCGGGAAGAGCACGUGGGCCGGAGGGUGCGGGGCUUCCUGCGGGCCCUCCCGACGGCGCUCGCCGAACUCCUUCCGGACCUGGACGCCAUCGGGGACAGUGACUGGUCCACGGUGAAAGAGGAGCUGCUGCGUCCCCACGCGGACUUCGACCAGUUCUUUCUGGACUCCGGCAACGAUGGGCCGUGGAGCGAGCUGGAGUCGCCCGAGGCAGACGAGCGCAUCCCCUUCGCCCUGCUGGAGCGGCCCGAGGCCCAGGCCUGCUUUGCGGAGCAUCGGGCAGCCCUGGAGGCGGAGGAGCGCCGGCGGGACCUGCGGCUGCAAUUCCGGCAGCUCCUGGACGAGACGGGCUACGUGACCCCGGGCAAGACGCUCGGCGAGGUGCGGGUGCUCUUCAUGGGGCGCGAGUGCUACGAGCAGCUCGCCGAGGCCGACCUCCUCGAGGUCUAUGAAGAGCACCAGCGGGAGAUCACUGACCGCGCGCGGUCCCAGUUCCAAGAGCUGCUGCUGGAGCACGCCGAGCUGUUCUACGAGUUUGCCAAUGUCGGGCCGGGCAGCGUCAUAACGCAGGAGGACAUUGCCAAGAUCACCGAGGCACUACAAGAAGACUCGAGGUACAAGACCCUGGACCGCCUGGACCAGGAGCGCACGUUGAUCCUGCUGCGGCACCUGGGCUUUGUGCACGGCCCCAUGCGGGAACACUGCCCGGCGAAUCCCAACUGCAUGGACACCAUCAUCGAGCAGGUCAUCAAGGAGAAGGCACACAGGCCUUCUUCUUGGACGCGCAACAGCCAGUGGCUCCUGGAGUCCGAGAACAACCAGCUUAGCCUGGUGGUUCUAGGCACCGGCGGUCUUGCCCAGGAGGUUGCCACGGCCGUCAGGGCGCUGUGCAACGAGGACACCUUUGAGCUGGACAAGGUCCAGUACAGCCUGGACUUCAGGAUCAUUGACGGAGACGUGGGGCUGCCCCAGAACAACUUCCGCACCACCGACUUCCUGCCCCACGGUGAGAGCUCCGGCUGCUUCUGCGUCUACUCGAGCCACCAGAGCCUGGAGUACAUCCGGGAGAGCCUGGAGAAGACGCUGCUGUCGAACCUGGAGCAGGACGACCGGCUGCCCUUCCACGGCCUGCCCAUCGUCAUCCUCUUCGCUGCCGACGCCAGCAUCCACCAGGACGAGCUGGCCUUCCUAAGGGAGGAAGGACAGAACAGGGCCAAGAGCCUGCAGUGCCCGUUCGUGGACGUGACGUGCGGCGGGGACGGGGCCCCCCGGCUGGACCCCUCGCGGCUGUCCCAGGCCCUGGCCUCGCUGGUGGAGAGCAUCCAGCGGCGGGCAGGCCUGCUGCAGAUCUACCAGAGCCUGCCGGAGCAGGGGGGCCGCCCGGACCUGCGGGUGCUCAUGUGCCUGCUGUGCGGGGACCCCUACUCGGCCGAGCACGUGCUGGGGCCCCUGCUGGCCCACCAGUGCUGCCUGGCCACGGGCCCCCACUGCCUCACCCUCGAGACCUUCCUGGGCGCCUCCAAGCGGGCUGUGCAGGUGCGGGUGGCCUCCUACCACGAGGCCUCGGCCUACAGGGACCACCUGCUGCACGGCUUCGUCCUGGUCUACUCGGCCCAGCGCAGGGCCUCCCUCGCCACCCUCAGCGCCUUCUCGAAGAGCAUAGCCAACGUGCCGAUCCAGAUUGUGGCCGUGACGGAGUCCGGCACCGCGGCGGCCUUCUUCUCGAGCGACCUCUCCCAGCAGCUCAUUAGGGACGGUAACGCUCUGGCCGACGCGCUCCAGGCGCACUUCAUGACCUCGUCGGCAGCUGCUCCUCAGAAGACGGCCUUCUACACGCCCUUCUUCAAGGAGGUGUGGGAACGCAAGCCCCAGAUAGAGAACGCCUUCUACAUGGAGGAUUCCGACUACUCCCCGGAGGGGCGCACGCCGGUGCCUCCUCCGGUGCCCAACCGCCAGGAGUCGUACCACCUGGGCGGUUCCCUCGACGACGGGGGCGACUCGGAGGGCCUGUACGAGCAGCUGCCCUCGGAGCAGCGGGGGAGCAACGACGGGGAGGAGGAGUCCCCGGGGGGCGGAGCCCCGACGACCUCCCUGAGCCCCAGCGACGAGAGCGAGCUGUACGCCAGCGUGUUUGCCCAGCAGGAGAACGGCACCGACCACCUGGUCAAGCCCAGCCAGGUCAAGAAGAGGAGGAGCUUGCAGGCCGAUCUCUACCGGCAGUCCUUCCCGAGCACAGAGUCCCUCGACCGCAGCGGGGGCGGCAAGGCGGCCCCCGCUCCCCCUCCCCCGCCCUCUCAGGGCCGCGAGGGGGACGGCCUCGACCACCCCUGCUUCCCGCCUGCCCCCACCCUGGUCACCUUCGGGGGAGGGCCCCAGCCUACCCCUCCACCCUCCUCCUCCUCUUCCUCCCCUCCCCCCUCCUACUUCUCCCGGGUGCCCCCCUCCUCCCGGGGCCAGCACCACGCGCCUCUGCUCUACACAACGGGGCGCCACCCGCGGGACGUCCCGGCGCCCCCGGGGGCGCCCCGGUUCCCGACGGCGGGCCUGCGCAAGUCGAGCAGCCUCAAGAGCGCCCCGUACGGCAUGGUGCCCCUAGUGGUGCCACCAGCGGCGGCGGCGGCGCUGGCGGCGGGAGGCCGGCAGAGGGGUCGGCGCCACCCGCCGCCCCCGCCCGUGGUGCCGCCCGACCGCGGCGCGGCGCCCCCCGCGGCGGCGGAGGACCCCGCCGACGACGCGGAGGACAGCAUCACGGACGACGACGACACCCUCUCGUCGGGGCUCAGCACCUGGGUGGAUCCCCGUGGCUACCCGGGACGCGGGGGCGGCUACCCCGCCCAGCCCGAGGACUGGGGCGAGGGGGGGCCGGCGGGGGACGUCUACCACACCUACCACUUGGAGAGGCACAAAGUGGGGCCUCCCCUCAAGCCCAAGCCCUCCAAGCCAAAGCCCGGGAAGCUGAACCUGAAGCAGUUUGACCACCUGACGGACGCCAUAACCAGACUUAACCUGGGCCCACACAAGCAGGCCGGGGGCGGGACCCUGCCCAAAAUGGCGCUGCACGCUCCCCUGGCUACCCCCGAGAGCACGGACGUCGGAAACGACUUCUCCCAGGACGGCGUUGGCCUGUACGGAGCGGACGGCAACGAGUACGCCUACGCGCUCCUGCACAACGCGGUUCAGGAAGGAAAGUCGCACCGGGUGCGCUCUCUCGCCCGGAGGCACGGCAGCAGGGAGCACUUCGACAAAGGCUCCGACUCGGACAGCGAGUGGAGCUCCCUGGAGCGCCGUCAGCGGGAGGCCUACGUGGCCGGGGGCAGCCGGGGCUCUGCGGUCCGCCGGCCGGGGGUGCACCGCAAGGGGCGCAAGAAGCGGGGCGGCAUCCCCGUGGCGCCCCCCCGCAUCCCGUCCUUCGAGGGGGCCGCCCCGCCCACGGCGGCCCCACCCCCCCCUCCGCUGCCCCCGUACCCCGGCCAGCCGCUCGGCACAGUCAAGCCUAAACUGGAGCAGAGCCUGUCUUGUGUGGCUGCCACGGACGAUAAUUCUAGUUACGACGUCGCAGUCAGGGACCUUGCUGCGGCCACAAGGCUCGGUGGGAUGCUGAAGAACCGCUGUGAGUCGGACAAGAACACCCGCAAGAAGGAAGAACGCAAGAAGGCACGGGAGGACGAGAAGUUGGAGAAGCGACGCAUCAAGGAAGAGGAGCGCCAGAAGCGUCUGACGGAGAAGAAGAAGAAGAAGUCUGGCAGCAGCAACGGCAAGGGUCCCUCCUCGGGAGGCCUGGAGGACUUUGUGCAGUCGGAGGAGGUGGCCACGCCCCUGUUUGUGGACAAGUGCGUGCGCUUCAUCGAGGAGGAGGGCCUGGACUCUGAGGGCAUCUACCGGGUGCCGGGCAACCGGGCCCACGUGGACCUGCUCUUCCAGAGGUUUGAGGAGGACCCAGGGGUGUCCAUCCGCGAGCUGGACAUCCCUGUCAACGCGGUGGCCACGGCCCUCAAGGACUUCUUCUCCAAGCGGCUGCCGCCCCUGCUGUCACCCGGCGAGAUGGAUCAGCUCACAGAGAUUGCCGGCAUCCAAGACCGCAGCUGUCGACUUCUGGCACUCAAGGAGCUCAUCAAGAACCUACCCACUGUCAACUUCGAAAUCCUCAAGUUUGUCUUUCAGCACUUUGUCAAGGUGGCGGAGAACUGCCGCCUGAACAGCAUGGACAGCAAGAAUCUCGCCAUCUGCUGGUGGCCCACGUUGCUCCCACUCGAGUUCAACGACAUGGGCAUGUUUGAGCGGGUACGCCCGCACCUCGAGGACUCGGUGCAGACCAUGAUCGACCAGUUCCGCUUCCUCUACUGCGACCAGGAGGAGGUCCUCAAGGUCUGACUCUAAAAGCCGACCCGGUGCCGAUCCACAGCCGGAAGAGAAGCCGGCUCUGCUUGCCGCCGCCGUCGUCCGGCCGGUUUUUGGUGCGGUGGAGGUCGUGCGGGGACCCCGAACUACGACCGUGGCGGCCGUCUGUCUCUUGCGGCCUCGACGCCGAUUGGGGGGACUGGACGGAGUGGGCGGAACCCGCACGAAGGGGGCAAAGCCCGCACUGAGUGGGCGGGGCUAGUCGAGGGGGGCCGUUCCUUACAGUUUCGGGUCGGCCCGAACGACGACCCUCCCCUCCCCCCUGCCAUGUUCUUUCGAUUGCUCGGGUCUGUCGGGUUGGGGGGGGGACGCACUUUUGCGUCGCCUGCUUUGUCGCGCCUUUGGGAAUCUCUGGACUCGCUCGUUCACGGACCGCAUUUAUUUUUUGUCUUUCAUGCGUCCGGUCUGGCCGUUUUGUAGUAGAUCGUUUGCGACGUGCUUUCUGGGUACGAAACUUGCCGAGUUGUUCUUUUUUUUUCUUUUAGAUUUUUUCGAGGCCAUGUUCUAACGAGGGUUUCCCCGAUCUUGAACCCGAGCAGACGGUUGCGGACGUUGCGGGUCGAGAGACGGCCUCGAAGGCGGGCAUCUCCCCCUCUUCGUCCCCAGGAAAAAAGAAAACUCCCCUUUGGCCACUGCGGAAAUGCAUUUGUGCGUCCAUGCAUCGCGGACACUCGUCGUGGACACUCGUCUGUAAUUUAUUUCCUCUUUGUUAUGUUUCCUGAAGCGGCGGGGGGACGUCGGGGAUAAGAAUUUUUGUGCAGCAUUGUGAUAUUUGUAUAUCUCAUCUCCCUCUUCUAAUGUACAUUUCUUUCCACACACAAAAAAAAAAAGAAAUUUGACUUUUUGGCAUUUGUAUAGAGAGGAGAGUUUGUACGCAAAGGACCCGUGACGCCGUCUGUUGGUUUUGAGACAAGGACAGUGCGCGACAUUAGAGUUUUGGAGCCUCAAACUGUUAUAUUUUAGAUUGCAAUUUUACAGACAUUUUUUACUUUAUUUUUUUUUUAAUAAGGAAUUAAUGCAAAGUACCAUAACUUUUUUUAACGAAUUCCAACGCCGCCACUGCUGCUUACUUUUGCCACGUCGACUUAUUUUUUAAGGUUCACCUUCACCAAAAGGCAGCUCUUGGUAAGAUAUUUUUUUUAAGUUGCGCAUCGUCAUCGUGGUUCAUUCCGACCUUCCUUUUUUUUUUUUCGCAAAUCAAUUGUUUUAGUGGUACUUCAUUGUUUUUCCUGCUAGAAUACAUAUGUAUAGGUGUAUACUUAAUUUGCACCCCAAAAUAUUGGAGGGUAGCUCCUUGUUUUAUCGGAGGUCGGGGAACAAUCGCGUGGCUUUGCUCGGCCGCUUCUUAGUCGGUCGCACGAAGUCUGGUUUUGCGUUGGGGGAAGGUUUUUCCGUUUUUGGUGCCAACCUGUCGCGAGAGACACCUGGUGGAGAGUCGUACUGUACAGGUUUUGUCUGCUGCUUCGAUAUUGAGGCACCGUGGUUGAUAUAUAUAUAUAUAAAUAUAUAUAUGCUCCUGCCUCUGUUGCCAGCUUAAAAUUGGACGGUCACAGCGGAGAUUCUUUCUAUUUACUUUGUUUUACGGGGGACGAGUCACCACAUCUUGUAUAAACGGCGGAGACAGUUUGGAAGGGUGACCGUACAUAGCUGUACCUAGUAUUGUAGAGAAAAAAAAAAAAAGUUUGAUAUGUUGCUUUCAGAAAGCCUCCCCCCCCUCCCCUUUCACACUCAAGGUUUCCCCACACACGGAUGCUAUUUCGCAACCCCCUCCUUUCCCAAGGAAAAACUCAAAAACGCUAGAGUCUUGCGAGCGCGUGUGUGAAUGUACUGCACAUGAGUGUGUGGAGAGGAAGAAUUGUGUUUGUGAGUGGUGUAAAAAAUAAAAGUGAAACAUAGGAAAAGAAAAAAAAGCAAUUGCACAAGCAA